AAUUUUUGUUUUUACCGCUGCCUUGUGCCAGGCCGCAUUACCAUGAGCUUGCCCCUGAACCCCAAGCCCUUCCUGAACAGGCUGACAGGGAAGCCAGUGAUGGUGAAGCUGAAGUGGGGGAUGGAGUACAAGGGCUACCUGGUGUCUGUUGAUGGUUACAUGAACAUGCAGCUUGCAAACACAGAAGAAUGCAUAGAUGGUGCAUUAUCAGGACACCUAGGUGAAGUUUUGAUAAGAUGUAACAAUGUCCUGUACAUCAGAGGAGUAGAAGAAGAAGAAGAAGAAGAAGAUGGAGAAAUGAGAGAAUAAGUUUGUAUAUUUCUGGAAAAUAAAGAUCAGUUUUUCACAAAAAA